AGCCGGAAAAAGAUACGAGAAAUGCCUGCAAAGAAAAAACUUGAAGGCAAAGCUAAAGCCGGGAGUAUACUGGGGGAUACAGGAUCUGUGGCAACCGCGACUAUGGUUCGGCGCCAAAUGCCGCCGCGCGCCUGCAAGAGCAAGAGCCAGAGCGCCGCCAGGCCCAGCCGCCUGGCCAAGAAGCCCAGCCUGACGCCGACCACCGGUUCUCAGGCGCCAUCGCAGACCAUCGCAAAGUCGAGGCCCACCGGUCUCGAGACGAUUUUUGAACGGCCCGGCAAUGAGGACGACGGGCCCACCAGCAGCCAUGCCGUGGCAUUCGGCGAGUGCCAGCGCCGCGUCCUCGCCCUGGGUACGGGCGAAAAAAAAAGAACCCUGUCGCAGAAGAGCUGCCUGAAGGUGCGCAACACCUUGGGCGAACGCAGCACCCGGCACAUGAUGACACUGCGGGCGUCCCUCACUACUUUGGACAGCGUAAUGCUCGGGGGCUCGGACGAUGAAGGCGAGUCGGUCGGAGUCGCUCCCGCAGUCGCUCCCGUAGCUGCUCCCGAAGUCGUUCCCGCUGGAGGAAAUGCCGGUACAAAUCAGCCGGCACCAUUCGUGCUGCGCACCAGCAGGAGGCUCAAGAGUCUGCCUCCGUUUUAGAUUGUUGCACCUUCCACCCUCCAAAUGAAAGAAAAAGAAUAAAGAAAAGAAAAGCAAAGAAAAGAAAAACCCUCUACAGAAUGUCUCUUUUGCUCUCAUUGUAAAUUGAAGCGCCUCUUUCGGCGGAACCUACCCCAAGAGCGGAAAGCGGAGAUCAAUUAGAAUUGUGAACCCCAAAGCGAGCGAUUGAUACGAUACAC